ACAUGUCUGACAUCGGAGACUUCUACCUCGGCAGCAUCUUUGAUGUUUUUGAACUGAACAGCGAAUGGUUCGACGAUGAAUUUCUGGAGCCUAACGCAAAUGAAGAAACUUCGAAGCUGGAAAAUUCUACAGAUAUAAAAAAUGAACCUGCUACCAAGCGUUUCAAAACAGUGACCGACAAUGAUCUGGAACAUAUUGUUUUGGAUUCGAGGAGCAAAACCACCCUUCAAACAACUGCGUGGGGAGUAAAAAUCUUGAAACAGUGGCUACAAUUUCACGAACACUCUCCCGAGUUUGAGACACUUCCAGUUGGUGAAAUGAACGCUCUGCUGAAGCGAUUCUACGCUGAAGUCCGAACUUCCGACGGGAAUUAUUAUGCCAAGUCAUCGUAUGUUGGGAUCCGAGCAGCGAUCCACAGACACCUUAGACAGCCACCAUUUAACAUGAACAUUAGCAUUCUUCAAGACAAAGAAUUUCACUCGGCCAACGCCGUUUUUUGCAGCAAUGUUAAAAAAAAUAAAGCAGUUAGGUCUGGAUAA